UUUUCACCUGAUUCGAAAUUCACACCUAAUUGUAAUUCAAUGAAUGAAACAGCAAAUAAUGAAUGGCUAACUUUUGUUCAUUCAGAAGUUGGUUCAUCUCUCUCUGAUUUCAAUGACGACAUUUUACAUAAGAGACAUAGUUAUAAAACAUCUAUUGAUGCUGAUAAUAAUGAUAAUAAACAAGCCCCAUCUCAACGUGAAUCGCUUCAAGAUCCUUCUACCAUUACCGAUUCAAUUACCAGUAUUAAAAGUAAAUUCAUUUGUGGCUUUCAUGUCCAUGAACGAUCAUGGAAUGAAUUUCGUGAACAGCUUAAAAAGGGCCAUACAGUCAACUCAGAAUUUUCUGAACUUCGUACAUGCCCACUUUAUAACUUUACUUAUUGCACCGUCUUUCACUUGACAAAUUCUUAUCUUUUAGAACCACCUACCAAGUUGCCUGAUUGCUUUUGUCAACGACCUGUUGUUAUGCGAUUCAAAAAUAAUCUUAUUCAAUUUGUUUGUAAAAACAUCAGUGUAGACGGUGCUCGUAAAUGCAGCUGGAUUUUGCCUGCUAAUGAAGUUGCCUUCCCUCGUCCUCAACAUCGCAUUCAUACUCGUGUAAGUCAAGAUAUCUAUCUUGAUCAGAAACAAGAAAAGAAAAAGUCUUUAUCAAAUACUAGACAAUCAGACAUCAUUACAGAAAAACCUUCUACUUCAUCUACUAGUUCUUCUACACCUCAUCCAGUUAAAACAAUGAAAGAGCAACAUAAAUUUGAUUUAUUAGCUGCCUUGUCUGCUUCUUCAUCGAUUAAAGACGAACAAAACCAAAUGAAACAACUACCGCCUAUAAAGUCUUUGAUUGUACCCACCUGUGUUAUGGUUAAAAAGAAAAAGCGAGAGCAACAAGAAAAAGAGAAACAAGUCUCCUAUAAAUUUGUUUCCCCUACUUCUUCUCCUUCGUUAUCCUCCUCCUCCUCAGCCUCACCUUCUCUCCAUUCAUCUACUGUAACUUCACCUGUAACUGAACAUGUUAACCUUACAUCAGCCAUAGACCAUCAUGACGAGAUCAUUGCUCUACGUAAAGAACUAGAGACAGUUAAGAUCCAAGUAGAACAAGUCCUACAAGAUAACAUCAAGCUUAGAUCAGAACAUGAACAAUCCCUAAGAGAUAACAACCAGAAAGAUGAAUUCAUUCAAGACUUAACAAAUAAGCUGCAACGACACAAGGACAAGCUUGCAGAAUUUCAAACAAUACUUUAUCGUAAUAAAAAUGAAAAUGAUGAGGAAGUGAUACUAAGAAUGAAUUGUCAAGAACGCUUAUCAAAUAUUGAAUUAGAAGUCGUUCAUUGGAUGAAUGAAAAUGAAAAAUUAAAAGAAGAAUUAUAUCUUUGUCGUGAAGAGAAUAAAAAAUUAAGUACAGAGGAUGAACGAACGAAAUGUAAAGUUUGUUUUAAUCGAAAUAUUGAGUAUAUUUUAUUACCUUGUUUUCAUUUUGCCUAUUGUCAACCUUGUGCUUCUAAAUUAACAGAAUGUGCAGUAUGCAGAAAAUCUAUUCAAAGUGUGCAAAGAGUCUACACUUGUUAAGAAGAAGAAAACAAAUCCCUUUAUUUAUAUCACAUAUAGAAAAUGAUACCCUAUUUCUUUCACUUUUAUUAAUUACAUGAUACUUGAUAAUAAUUAGUUAUUUUCUUUAUUAUAAAAAAAAAAAAAAAAAAGGAUAUUUUCCCUUCCUCCCUAUCCCUCC